CUCCACACUGUUCUUUUCCUAAAACCAGUGUGUUCAUUCUUGUACAGUGCUGUGAUAUUUGAAAUAUGUGACCAUCUAGAAGCAGUAGCUUUUGUCUUUCUGAGAUAUUUGCAGUCAAUCAAAAAGUUGGGCUUUUCUUUUUUUUUCUUCCAUCAUUUUUAUCUGGCACAAUCUUUAAGUGGCACUCUCAGGCUGUGAAGCACUUUGCUCAAAUUAGUUUGUUUAAAGCAGCUAUAAUCAAUAUUUUUUAUGAUGACAAUGGAUCAAAUGAGUGUAAAAUAAUGUGUAAUGUGAAAAGGGUCGCUCGUAGUGAUGAACCCACAGAGAAUUAUCACCAAAUCUACAGUUCCCCAGCAUCUUUCAGCUCAUUGUUUUGAUUUUUCAUUAUACAAUGUCACAGACACAAUAUAUUCAGCAUCUGCUUGUUCCACUUAGUCACUGAAGCUAUAUCAUGUUAAUAUUGAGUGAGAUAUAUAAAUCCAAGAUGGUAUGUUUUCAUGGCUGCACCAAACUAGAUGGCUUGUAUAUUUUGAAACUUUGGGAUUUCUGCUUAAUUAUAAUCAAAUUCAGUGGGCUCUGCUUGAUCAAAACAUAACAGCGUAAUAUGUGUUUGAACACGGGACCCACAAUGGGUCAGUGGGUGUUGAUAAAGGUGUAUUAUAUCUCUGGAAUUAAAAAUGCUCCCUCAUAACAGGUUAUUCUUGGUGCCCUUGGCCUCUCCGUCCGUCUGUGACUGUGUGUCAGUCAGUUUGGCCAGAAACACUCAACAGUGAAGCGAUGUGAUGAAUUCCUCUCCCAAUCCCUCAUCUGCCUUUUGUCCAUGUGCCCAUGUUUAUUCAGAUUCACAUGCUCAUGCUCUGAGAUCUUGGCUAGAAACUAACUAUGACGGUAUCUGAGAGGCUUGUGUGGCCUAAGUGCUUGAUCUACCAUGUUAAUGUACUCAAAGACAGGCAGUCUGGGAGGGCUUCCAGUUUUUUGCAUUGAAAAUAGUGUUUUGAAAAUUGGUCUAUUGCUGUUGUGUCUAACCAAAUUUUUCUGUUUGUUCAGUUUAACUGUAGCUCAUCAGACGGUUUUGACUUUGUGCUGUAAAAUUGUAAUACUGUAUCUCCUGAAACAAGUCACACUGAAAUACAUAUAUGAACUGCUGAAGUAAUGGUUAGGAAUGCUAAAAUAUUUAUGGGGCCCCACACACAUUUAGAUGAUCCCUUCAGUUCAGUGAGACUGCGAAUAGGUCAAAUGAUAAUAGAGGACUUGGCUGGUGUUAAUAGCAGCCAGCCAACCAGCUUAAUCUCUCCAUCCCACAUUCUCUCUUGUAAAUCAAAUUAAACAAGAAGGAUUGGCCAGCUGAUACCUCACUCUUAUCCUGGGAAACAGGACACUGCUCUGGUCUAUAGUCCCUCUGGCCUCUUCUAUUCCUAGAUCAUUAGCUACAAAUGGCCUUCCCCUUAAUCUUAUUCUUUGAACAAAAGCACUGACCUGCGUUGAACGUGUAAUGCAUCUCCAGUGGCCGUCUCAUAAGUCAUGAAAUAUGUUCACUGUUCACUCAAGAGGAAAUUACAGAAUAACAAAACAUUGAAUUUCUCCUCAUUUCUCAAAAUUUGCCAUUUUCAGGUGCUUUAAAGGCGUUAUCAUUAGGCGACCUGACUGAGCUAAAAUGUAGUGUAACAAAAUAGAGAAGAGCCAGCAAACUGAUCCAGAACCCCCCCCCCCCAGUAAUAUAAACAGCAAUAUCUAAAGUUAGCUAACGUUAGCCACCAUAAGCUACUGAUCCUACCAGACCAAAUAUGGCUGUAGCAGCAAAACUGUGUAGUUGUACUAGUGUAUAGAAUGGAGUGAGGUUGCGUUUUAUUUCUUAUGAAUUAAGCUUUUUAUUUCUAAGUGGAAGAUUGUGUCUUUCAAAUGUUACAUAGUCUAGCCUUAAAGUUUUUCAGGGAGUUGAGGGCUAACUCCAGUCAUCGCAUCACAAGUGUACUUGGUCUGUGUUUGCUGCUAAAAUCCCCCAAUAAGUGUCACCAUGUCUGAUUUAGAAGAUCAUGGAGGCCAUCACGAAGAAGAAGAUGAGGAGCAGGGAGAGGGAGAAGAACGCCCCAAAUACAAGCCACUGGUCACACAGCUGGCUGCCCCUAAAAUCCCCGAGGGGGAGAGGGUUGACUUUGAUGAUAUCCAUAGGAAAAGGAUGGAGAAAGAUCUUCUGGAGCUGCAGACUUUGAUUGAUGUCCACUUUGAGCAGAGGAAGAAAGAGGAAGAGGAGCUGAUUGGACUCAAAGACAGGAUAGAGAGCCGCCGGGCAGAGAGAGCUGAGCAGCAGCGUGUGAGGGCUGAAAAAGAGCGGGACAGACAGACACGGAUUGCUGAGGAGAGACAGAGGAAAGAGGAUGAAGAGGCCAAGAAGAGGGCAGAAGAUGAGGCCAAGAAGAAGAAAGUGCUCUCUAACAUGGGGGCUCACUUUGGAGGGUUCCUGGCCAAGGUAGAGCAGAGGCGAGGCAAAAGGCAAACUGCGAGGGAAAUCAAGAAGAAGACUCUCGCAGAGAGACGCAAGCCACUGGCUCUUGAGAACCUGAGAGAGGACGGCCUGAGAGAGAGAGCCAAGGAGAUGUGGGAAUGGAUAUACCAACUGGAGUCAGAGAAAUUUGACCUGACUGAGAAGACAAGGAGGCAGAAGUAUGAGAUCAUUGUCCUCCUGAACAGAAUCCAACAUGCUCAGAAAUUCAAAAAGGUUCAUGGUAAGGGGAAGGUUGGAGGACGCUGGAAGUGAACUCACACACGAGGCACAAAGAAGACGCUUCAAUAGUUUCAGGACAAGAUUGCAGCAAUUUUGCAGUGUUCAUCACUUAAGCUAAGAGAGAUAGAAGAGAUUUUUGUGUGGCAUUUAUUGAAAUACAUUCACUUGCAGUUGCAUCUGUAAUUAUUAAAAUGCACGUGUACAUAAAAUGGA